AUGGGGAGCAAUAGGCCGCGUCCUCGGCCCCGGCGGCCGAGGGACGCGCCCGUGGCGACCAAGCAGCCGACGAUAGCGUCGCGGAAUAAUGAGGAAGAGCCAACGGUAGGGGUGCCGACGGCGUCGACGACCGUGCACGACUUCCCCGACGACGUCCUGGAGCUCGUCCUCCUCCGCCUCGGCUCCUCCGUCUCCCUCGUGCGCGCCGCGUCCGCGUGCAAGCGGUGGUGCCGCGUCGCGGCAGACGCCGGAUUCCUAGCCCGCUUCCGCCUCCUGCGCGUACCCCUCAUCCUGGGCCUCUACCACAACGGCGGCAGCCGUCCGGUCUUCUUGCCGUCGCCAACGCUGGGCAUCCCCGUCAGCCAGCAGUCCUUCUCCCUCGACUUCCUGCCGGAAGUCGAUGGCACCUGGGAGACCGUGGAUAGCCGCGACGGCCUCCUUCUCCUCCGGAACAUGUACCGGACACCAUCGCGGAGCCGCCGCUCCGACCCUGACCUCGCCGUAUGCGAGCCCAAGACACGGCGGUGCCGGGCGAUCAUCUUGCCGGACCGGCUGAGCGGCCGCAAGUGCCUCGGCGUGUUCCUGCUCAGGGGCGGCGCGACCGGCCGGGCCGGCGGCGACCUCUGCACCAGCAUGUCCAACUUCAGAGUCAUGGUCGUCCUGCUCAGAGAACACAUGCUGGCUCGCCGCCGCGGCGUGCCGGAGGCCUGCGUGUACCAGGCCACCGGCAACCGUAGCUGGCGCGACACGAACUGCACGUGGAAGGGCCGCAACAUCGAUAUCCCGAGCGCGACCGCCUGCUUCUGCUUCGCCGGCCGCGCCGGUGGUUCCCUCUACUGGGCUAUCAAGGACGCCGGCGGCGCCGCGCUUGUUAUCGACGAGGCCACGGCGGCGGUGUCGCUGGAAGCUCUCCCGGAGAGCAUCGAGGGGUGGCACGACGGGGCGCGCUUCUUCCGGGUCGUCGGCGGAGAAGGCGCCGCGCCGCGUGCCGUCCGCUUGGUAGACCGCGACUUCAGGGUCUUCUCUCGGCUCAAGGGCGGCGGCGAGUGGGUGCUGGAGAAACUGGUGCGGUACCCCGGGAGAGCUACGAUUGUCGCGGCGCAUGAGACGUGCGUCGUGGUGGAAUCGUGGAAGGGAAAGCGGCGGUUCUUCGUCGACCUCGAGACCAUGGCGGUAGUGGAGCGCGUCUGGAUGGGGAAGCGCCACAACUACGCGGGGCCAGCCUACCCGUACGUGCUGCCGUGGCCGCCGAGCUUAAACGCCUGAGCACCAUUGUGCGUUUUAAUUUGUAAUAGGUGUUGCGAAUCUUUUAGUUUGCUAAUUAAUCUUUCUUUAUUGCUACUAGUA